GAGCGGGCGCGGCGGGGCCGGCGCGAUGGAGCGGCCCGAGCGGCCCGAGCGGCCCGAGCGGCCCCGCGCCAACGGCUGCGGCGGCGCCCACGGCGCGCUCCGCAACGGCUUCGUGCGCGGCCCGCACGGAACGCAGAUAAAUCACAUUGUGCACAAUGGAGGAUUAUACAAAAGGCCUUUCAAUGAAGCUUUUGAAGAAACACCAAUGCUGGUUGCUGUGCUGACCUACGUAGGCUAUGGUGUUCUUACUCUCUUUGGAUAUCUGCGAGAUUUCAUGCGGCAGUGGAAGAUUGAGAAAUGUCAAAAUGCAACAGAAAGAGAAGAACAGAAGGAUUUUGUCCCAUUGUACCAGGACUUUGAAAAUUUCUACAACAGAAACCUCUACAUGCGCAUUCGGGACAGCUGGAACCGUCCAAUCUGCAGUGUGCCAGGGGCCAAAGUGGACAUGAUGGAGAGAGUUUCCCAUGACUAUAACUGGACAUUCACGUAUACAGGGAGAGUGAUAAAAGACAUUAUUAAUAUGGGUUCCUACAACUACCUUGGAUUUGCACAGAAUGUUGGGGCUUGCCAAGAAGCAGCAGCUAAAGUUCUAUCCCAAUAUGGAGCUGGGGUUUGCAGCACUAGGCAGGAGAUGGGAAACUUGGACAAGCAUGAGGAGCUGGAAAAGCUAGUUGCCAGGUUCCUAGGUGUGGAAUCUGCAAUGGCAUAUGGAAUGGGGUUUGCAACCAACUCUAUGAACAUUCCUGCUUUAGUGGGCAAGGGCUGUCUGAUUUUGAGUGAUGAACUGAAUCAUGCAUCACUAGUGCUUGGAGCAAGACUGUCAGGAGCAACUAUUCGAAUCUUUAAGCACAACAAUAUGCAAAGCCUGGAGAAGCUGCUCAAAGAUGCUAUUGUGCAUGGGCAACCUCGUACACGGAGGCCCUGGAAAAAAAUUCUUAUCUUGGUGGAAGGAAUAUACAGUAUGGAGGGAUCCAUAGUCCGUUUGCCUGAAGUGAUUGCCCUCAAGAAGAAGUACAAAUCCUAUCUGUACCUUGAUGAAGCUCACAGCAUAGGUGCCCUGGGUCCCAGUGGCCGGGGUGUAGUGGAGUAUUUUGGGCUCAAUCCUGAAGAUGUGGAUGUUAUGAUGGGAACAUUCACCAAAAGCUUUGGAGCUGCAGGAGGAUACAUUGGGGGCAAAAAGGAACUGAUUGAUUACCUCAGGACAUACUCUCACAGUGCAGUGUAUGCAACAUCAAUGUCACCUCCUGUUGUGGAGCAAAUCAUCACCUCCGUGAAGUGCAUUAUGGGUGAAGAUGGUACCACUAUUGGGAGAGCACGUGUGCAGCAACUAGCAGAGAACACAAGAUAUUUCAGGAGACGACUGAAAGAGAUGGGCUUUAUCAUCUAUGGAAAUGAAGAUUCCCCUGUUGUGCCUCUGAUGCUGUACAUGCCAGCAAAAAUUGGUGCGUUUGGACGUGAGAUGCUGAAGCGGAACAUCGGUGUUGUGGUUGUGGGCUUCCCAGCCACUCCCAUCAUCGAGUCAAGAGCCAGAUUCUGCUUGUCUGCAGCUCAUACCAAAGAGAUGCUUGAUACAGCUUUAAAAGAAAUCAAUGAAGUUGGGGACCUUUUGCAACUGAAAUAUUCCCGUCGCCGUUUGGUACCUCUCUUGGACCGGCCGUUUGACGAGACAACGUAUGAAGAAACAGAAGACUGAAGUCCCUCCAUGUGCCUCGGUGGGAGGGACACAGCCCAUGGGACACUCCGUGGCACACAGGCCACAGCAUCCGUGAACAACACACUUCUGACCGCUUAGCAUAAAAGACAUUUCCUCACAAUACUGAAGUGGCCACAUCAGCUCUAAAUGGCAUUUUGUAAAUAGGGAGAGGAUUUAAAAAAAAAAGCUUUGAUUCCUGUGUCUUCAGGGUCUGGCCCUAGAGGUGCUUGGCUUUAUUUUUUCUUGUUGCUUUUUUUUAUUUAUUUGUCUCAGUGAAUUCACAGCGACUCAAGUUGGCUGUGGCUGAUCAGUUCAGACUUUGUAUGCACCAUUAGCCUCCCAAAUGCUGGCUGAGAUGUUGUAAGCAUGUGUGAUGCUGGCAUGGCAGCAUUUCCAGUGUCACUGCUAGGUGUCUGAUCUUCCCAGGAAGGAAUGAGCUGACCUGUCUGUUCUUGGAGACUUCCUAGAGAAACUGUUGAUUGCUAACUUGGACAUAUUUAACAAGACGAAUAAUCAACCAAAGUUGGUUUUUUUUUUCAUUUGCAGUUACUUCUGUUUAAAACUUGAAUUUAGCCUUUUUAAAAUAAAUGUGUUGUUGACAUGUCACUGACAGGACCAUUGUUCCCAAACAUUAUUUAGUUUUGUAAGCCACAGGCAGAAGGACUUCUGGAACUCUAGGCUCUUUUUCUUCCCAGUAUGGAUACCAGAUUGCCUCCUGGUUUUGACACUAAUUGUCCCCUUGAUAUGGGGUAAGUGAUGGAGAGGGGUUUUGUUUGGGUUGUUUUGGGUUUUUUUAAUAGGUUGUGUUUUGUCUUCUGACAUACUUCUGUUUAAAAAAAGGAAAAAUGUGGAUUUAGUGUGUGUUGCUUUCUCAUCUUCAGGUUAAUUUCUCUUGCUUUAUAAUUAUUUUAAAAUCGUGAACAAGUCACUGCUAAAUUCUAGAAGGGUGCUCUGGGUUUAGGUACACCAGAGCAAUCCUCAGGCUUCUUCUUAAGACUAAAACUCGUCAAUAAGCAGGUCUAUACAAUGAGUGACUAUCAGGAGAACCACUUAUUUCAUGCAGAUCUGUGAAACUGUGAUCUGUUUCUUGUUGUAUAUGAGGUGUUCUUCACUGGCCUUGUUGCUCAUAUGGACAGCUUGGAUCUUGUUAUUACACUUCAGCCAGCCAGCCAGCAAAGUCUCUGCUGGCAGCUGCAUGUCUGUGUAGGCCUUCCCUGAAGAGAGAAUGUCCUUGUAAUUGCAUUUAGUUGGAUAUCUUUAUUCUUUUGUGUUUCUGUUAUUGAUCAACAUUGAUUAAGUCAGUGUUCACUGAGCCAGUUGCUGUUUGGAAUUUUUAUUUGCACGUUUCAUACUGUCCCUAUGUUUAAAAUAGACACCUUUGCUCUAACACACCUUAGAGGAGGUCUGCUGCUUAGUUUUUGCAUCUUGAAUUCUUUCAGUGAACAGAAUGGAUCAACAAAGAGGUACCAAAAAUUUUAAACAGGAGUCAGUUGCAGUAUAGCUUGUUUCUGUAUUUUAUACACAGACAUGUAGGAUUCCUGCAAAGAUAGUAAAACAUUAACGUUGUGUCAGUUGGAUUGGGCCAGCUCUUCAGUCUGGGUGAGCAAAAUGAUUUUUGCAGGUGACCAGGGUUUUCUGAAACAGAUUCUUCAUCGUAAAGCUCUUUGCAUAGUGCUGCAAAAAAAAAAAAAAAAAUUUAGUUUUUUUAAAGUUCUUUUAUGUUCCCUCUGCAACUAACAGGAAAGGAGUGCUUUGACCACAAGAACCAAGCAGUUCUGCAAAUACAUCUCGUGAUUUAAAGAAGAAUUGGCUUCUAUUUAUAGAAUAUCUAUCUUCAUGGAUCUAUAGAUCCUGUUCCAUUUUAAUGUAGUGGAACUUCAAAACACUGAUUCAUUUUUUUACCAUUGAAUUUCAGAAAUUUAAUUAUAUGAGAAGAACUGAAAUUGACAGUUUGAAAAUAGGUCCAGAUAACUAUUUCUGCCUUCGUCCAUUAAUGUUGAUUUGCUCUUCUUCUGGAGCCAAGUGUGUGCACAGUCUGAGAAGUCUGUAUGUGCAACUUUGGUAACUAUGAAGUAGCCUCAUUUGUUCAGCCACAGAGUGAAUAAACUGCAGUUAGCUGAGCUUACUUUCUCACCUGCGCUCUGCCCAGGACUAGCGCUAACAUUCCAGCAGAUCACCUGCUUUCUGACUUCAAGAAGCUUUACCUCAAAGAAUUAUUGCCUUUUUUUUUUUUUUCUCUUUUGGACUGUAGUAGGGAACAAGGAGGUUAGCACGGGAAGCCCUGACUUCAGCCCUGAUCCUAUUAACUGGAUCAUGGAAUGGUUUAAGAGCAGACAAAACUGACCACCUUGAAGCUUGGGUCAAUAGGUAGCUGUUUUGAGCAUUCACAAAUGUACAGUGUGUUUGCUGUGUAGUCAAGUCAAUUUGAAAACUGUGAUAUAUCAAGUUAGAAGUGGGUUAUCAUAGAUUCUACAAGUCUUGAGUUCUAAUCUUGUCUCUGGGAUUCAGUUUUAGAACAGCUUGUCUUUAGAAGGGAGAAAAGCAUCUGGACAAAUCUUAUUAAUGUAGACCACUGUGUAAUACUUCUGAAACUGCCAGUGUUUAAAAAUUACUGGUGUCCAUUUGGAUUCCAGUUGUACUUUUUGAGGACAUUGUGUUCAAGCUUCUGCCUUUUAGUAUCUUUCUCCUGUGUCAUGCUGUCUGCAUAUGAUUUUGAAUUUUGCGUUGCAGAGACAUUUCAGAAAUCAUUCAGGCAGUUAGCAUUUGCAAACUGCUUGGUUACAUUUCAUCCUUGCUGUGUCCUUUUUGGGAAGCAACUCCUCCCUGGAGGCCUUUUAUUCAAGGGAACCUGUUUUGCCAAAAGUUGGUACCUAUUGAAACUGCCUCUGAAAAAGUAAGAAAUUACAAGUCCAAGAUUUUGCACAUUUAAGUCAGUAAUUCACUGAGCAUGAAAGCCAGGAAAAUCUUUCUGCAUCUACUAAACAAACUCCUCUCCCACAAUGGAAGAAGCAGACCAGUACUGGUUUGUGCUAGGCAAACCUACAGCAUGUAUGCUGUCACUGUAUGUAUAAGAUGGAUUGCUGCUUUGAUACUUGUACUGUACUGACCAGAAAUCUGUCUCCUUUUUCUCCUGGCAGUAGAAGUGAAUGAAAGAACCAAUCUUGAGGGAUCACAAAGGAUGAAAAGCUGCUUAAGAAAUAAGACUUCAGUCCCUGCCAACUUUUCAGAGACAUUCUAAUUGAAAAUGACUCCGGGUAUUUCUUAAGAGAUGCAAAAUUCAAAAGAAAAUGAAGGCUGCUUUUGAACAAAGAAUUUUGCCCUGUACCGUAUAUUGGCUAAACUUACUGAUAAAUAUACAAUAGUUACCUUCCCAGUACCUCUCUGAAGAACUUAGCAAGCAAGUUUUUGCCUCUGGUGAACCAUAACUGUUUUCAAGGCUAAUGGCCAUAUUUUUUCACUCCUGAGAAAAUUGAGAAGCUCCUAUUACUGUGCAUCAGCAAAGAGUGAGAGAUGUGCUUCUUGUUAGAAACUGGCCUUCCCAAGUAGACCUUUGUCUUAAGGAACCUGAUUCAUAGUUUUUCUUUAGUUGUUCGGCAAAGAAGAAACGCAAGUUUUUUGUGUCAAAAUAAUCAGGGCUUUCUUUUUUGUUUUUUACAUGACACAAACUUUUGUAUAAUGUAUGUAUGUAUGUGGUAUAUUUAACUCUUUAGUUUCUAUAUGUUUUCCCUUCUAAGGAGCAUCCUUAGUGAGCUGUUCUGGUUCUUGAGUUACUGGUGUGGCAUGCUUAUGCUUUAGGCAGACUCAGGAGUGAGUUGACCAAACAUCUUCCUGUGUUGAAGUCAUUCAGCGAAGGGAUUGCAUCCCCCAUCCUACUCUUGCUGUUUCCCCCAAGAGUGCAGAAGUGGUACCCACUGUCAGAGCUGCACAUGUACACAGAGCAGGCAAGGGAAGUGUGCCCAUAAAAUCAGUGACUGUCUGCUGUGUGGAUGAAGGACCAAUAUGGCAGAGGUGGAAAAAAGGGGUAGUCAGUCAUCACUUACUCUCAGCUAUACAUGGAUCUUUCAGGUGUACUUGAACAAGUAUGCCUAAAACAGGAAUGCAGCUUUCAGUGCCUAAAGGGACACUCCUCUAAAAUUUCUCCACACCAAGUAAAUCCUUCCUCUCCUUCUGUACAAAUUUUAAUUUCUUUACAUCUGAAAAGCAUUUGGCUUACAGCUGUUAGCUUGUUCAGAAGCCGUGUUAUCCGUUCAGGGUGGUCAUAGGAGAGGCUGGAGGAAAGCAUGAGCAUGACUUCCUCUAAGAGAACACUUUGCAGCAUUGGAUCUGGAGCACAAUGCUUGAGUCCCCUUGCUGCAUUACAGAGAAGGAAACUUGUGGAGAUGUAUCCCAAUAUACAGUGCUCAGUCAGAAUUUAUACAGUUUAUAUAUAUUAUUUUUACAGUUUAUAUGCAGCCUUUGAAAGUGUCAGGCAUGGUCUGUGUGGGUGUCACCUUCUGCAUGGGGAUCUGAGGUACCUGCAGUCUGUUCUGUUUUAGCACUAGUGAAAUACUGAGCUGUUUGGGAAUGCUCAGUGAUCUCUCAGCGGGCGCAUAGCUGGCUUUGGUGCUGAAUCUGGCACCCAAGUGGCAUUGGACCACUGUUUGGGAAAAGCACCAGUCAUUUGACCCAUGUAACUUGAACAUGGUUUUAAAAGAAACAAAAAGAAAAAAACCAACUCAUAUGCCAUUGUGAUGGCUUUGUAUUCCUGUAAACAUCCCCAGCCUUGCAGUUGUCCACCUGUUCAAGGAUUUGGACUUGAAGCUAGAGCACAAACAUGAAGUGUUUGUGGGAAGUAUUCUGCUUUAUAUUUCACUAAAAAGAGAUGCAUUUGGUGCAGACAUUGGAGCUGUUGUGUUUAUAUCCCCAAAAGGGGCCGGGUGAAGGAGAUGUCAACUGUGGUGUGUGUUGAAGGCCUUAAGCUGUGACUCUUGGUAUGAAGAACUGAAAUUAAAACUGACCUUGAAGAAUGCAGUAAAUUUUAACCCAUGGAAGAAUACUCUGUGCUCUUAGUUAAAGCAGUAUGUACUGCUGUUUUCUUGGGAGGGAGAGGUUCAGAACUCAGUUUGUUGUGUGACCCUGGCUAGAAGCUGUUUAAGGAGAUGUCUGUAUGUGGGAGCCAAAAGUAGUGCAGUUCUCUGCACCAGUGUUCCUAUGUAGCUUAUAUAGUUCCUGCGUAGUUCCAUUGGUAACUUGUUCCUGGGCUGCUGAAAGCGGGAGACUUACUGAGAGGGUCAGGGACUUCAGAAGCAGUGGCAGCUAGCAAAUUAAUUUCCUCAACAGAAGGUAAACAGGUCUCACAUGAAUAUGCCAAGGGUUGGUGCUGUUCCAAAAAUACCCAUGGCGAGGUGAAACAUGCACCAAAGCAUCUGACCUCUGGAAAGCAUUUCAUUUUUUUUGCCAAAACUCAUCCUGUUCAGACAGUAUUUCUGAUACCCCUUAAUGGUAUAUUAAGCCUAAUACAUCUCCAGCCUCUCAAUAUUGUUAAUUUCAGAUCCAUUUGAGAGAGGACAGAGGAAUGCUGGAGCCUGAGGCUUUAGGUUAGCAGCCCUAAAGCCAAUGGUGGCCCACAUUUCCACAAGCCCUGGGCAGAAUUACCAAGUCACAGCACUUCGUCUUAAAUUGCACUGUAUUCUUAUGCCUCUGUGUUGCUAUAAUGUACAUAUAUAUUGGAUUUUUUUGUAGAUAAGACAUUUUAGAUAAAAUUUUUAAAUGGGCUCCCCCCCAGAUAUUUUAUGCCAGAUGUCUAAUUUUUUUUACACUUGUGAUUAACAUGAAUUUGGAUGCUCUGUGGGCAGAGAAAAAGAUAAAUGGAUGGUGCAUUGGCUUUAGAAAGGUAACAAUGCAUGUUUAAAAAAAACACUGGAGAAAAAACUGCUUGGGAAAAAAAUUCAUUCAAAUAUAUUCUAUGUUCUGCAUAAUAAAGACUUUAAAAAAAUGCUA